AUGGCGAGGGCCACACAUCAGCGCCCGCGCCACCAGCGCUCCCCCAUACCUCCGGCGCAGAGACACUUCCUUCCGCCCGAGUUGAUGGCCGUCAUUAUACCGUCAGUCCAGGCCGGUGCCUGGACAGGCGCAAUGGGCAUGUUUGCCGGAACCGCAUUUGGCAUUGCUCGGGGAGCGCCUCCCCUGAUCUAUUCACUUGCCAUGGGAGGGCAGUGGUUCACUCUUGGCUCCAGCUACUAUGGCGCUCGGUUGGUGGCUCUCAGAGCAUUGCGAGGCCAUGAAGAGCCUCGCUCAGCCGACAAAACCAAAGCAAGCGCCAUAGCAGGCGGGUUUGCAGGAGCAGUGUCUGGCAUGAUACGGGGACCAAGAAAUAUCUUGCCAGGGGCGGCCGUGUUCAUGCUACUUGGAGCAGGAGGCCAGGCAGUUGUUAACUCGGUCGACUCAAAGCCGGUUGACCCCAAUGCCCCCAAGAAGGGGUUUCUGGACUCGAAGUGGAGUCCCGUCACACGGCUGACGGACCGGGACUACGAGAAGAUGCUCGAAGAGAAACUGCUCCGGGUCAAAGCUGAAAUCGCCAUCGUAGACGAUAGCAUCAAAGCCCUCCACGAAGAGGAGCAAAAGGGGGUUAGGGAGAGCAGCCUGAAACAACCCGACGAGAGCUGA